AUGGCGUAUUUCAAUCUCACACGAAUUUUUUUCGGUGCUGGUAUAUUGGGACUACCUUUAGCAGUUAGCCAGGGUGGUAUAAUACUUGGACCUAUAAUGUCUGUGGGCUUAGGUCUGCUAAUAAUACAUAUGCAUAUAACUUUAGUUUUAUCUAUCGACAAAGCCUUAAAAGAUCCUCGUGUUCUUACAAAGUCUAAUGGAGUAAUUUACGUUUGUAUGCUAACGGCCACUAUAGUUUUAACGGUAUUCGGUGUCCUGGGGUACUGGUCCUUCGGUACGAUGGAGGAAAACGUGCUGAGAUCGCUACCUUUCGACGAUAAUUCAGCCAUCUUAGCGAUAGGACUAUACUUAAUGUCGAUAGCAUUUGUUUAUCCUAUCCAGUGCUAUCCUGCGAUCCAGAUUAUAAUUGAAGUAAUAAAAAAUAGAGAUACACCCUUCCCGCCCUCAGAAAAAACUUUGAAGAUGGUAGAGUUUGUUGCACGACCACUUUUUGUUUUGACCUCUUUUUUCGUCUGCUACCUGGUGCCAAUUCAAGGAGCUUUUGUUGCAUUCGUGGGAAACUUAUGUACUACUCUAUUAGCACUAGUUUUUCCUGCUUUGAUGGAAUUGUGUAUUUUAUACCCAAAUCAGUAUGGAAAAUACAAUUUUUAUUUAAUAAAAGACUUAAUAAUAGUUAUUUUCGGCGCAUCAUCGUGGGUGAUUGGACAACUUCCGCUAUGGACCUGGGACUGUAUUGACGAUAAAUGUAUAUCUACAAAAGCAACAAAAUAUGGGAGGCUACAGUCCUUAGUCACUUGUAACAUGCUUUGUACGUCUGUACAACUGUGGCCGAAACCCACAGGAACAGUUUCUUUAUCAAAAACAGCUCUACCUGUCCGUGCUGACUUAUUCUAUUUAAAAAUACUAUCUUUUCCUUCAAUUCAUGUACGAAAAAAUUUCAUCGAUGCAUUUGAAUUAUUUCGACAAGAUUUGUAUAAGAUGGAGAACAACGUAAGUGUCAUUGAACCGCAUUGCCCUGUUGAAAUUCGGGUUGCAAUAAAUGAAAGUGGCAACAAUGACCCUAGGAUGCUUUUCGAUACAGAUGAAAGCUAUCGAUUAAAACUGACUGCUAAUUUAUCGGCUGGGUGUCUCAUAGCGGAGAUUGCUUCGAAUUCAUUUUGCGGUGCACGACACGCUUUAGAAACGUUGUCGCAGUUGCUUUGGUUUGAUCCAUAUGCGGGUACUUUAUUAAUAUUGGACACAGCUAACAUCGAAGAUUCUCCACGAUUUCGUUACCGUGGACUUAUGUUAGACACAGUACACAAUUAUUUCCCCGUCAACGAAAUAUGUAAAACCAUUGAUGUCAUGGCCGCUACUAAACUCAAUACACUACACUGGCGUGCAGCUGAUUCGCAAGGUUUGUCUAUACAUUUUAGAAGUUUAUCACAAUUACCUUAUUAUGAAUUAUAUAAGCAAGGUGCGGUGUACACUCCGGAAGAAGUACACGUAAUUGCAAAACAUGCGCGUAAGCGGGGUAUAAAAGUUUUAAUUGAAGUCGAUUUGUCAUCCCUCGCAUCUAAUGCUUGGAACUGUGGAUCAAAUAUACUUGGUCAAUUAAUACGCGACGAUGUGGAAUGUUCAAGAGAAUACAAUAAUGAGUUUUUGUGUAGAGAAAUUUAUCAAAACAAUUCACAUCUGUAUGAUGUUAUCGAAAAAAUAUACGCCGAAAUCAUUGAAAUUACUGGCAUUGAUGAUAUUUUUCAUCUUGCCGGUGAGGAUAUUUGUGAAUAUUGCCUACAAAGUUUGAAUAGAACAGAUCCUAUAGAAUUAAAACUACAAAUAACUCGCAACAUUUUACAACUGUUAGAAUCUAAGAAUAAAAAACUACCAAACUUGAUACUUCUAUGGUCGACGCAUUUGUCCGAUCGAAUAAAAAUUGAUUUAAAGAAAUAUCUUCAUAAAUUAGGUGUCCAAGUCCUUAAUAUUCAGAUGAAAAAUUACGUUACCGGGCUACGCACAGUAAUAUCAUAUCAAGAUGCAUGGGAUUUUAAUAGUGGUUAUGGGGAAUGGUAUAUGGAUACCGGUGGUGUAAAUUAUAACUCAUGGCAACGCGUGUACGAAUAUAGGCCUUGGUCUUGGAGAAACAUGGCUUAUGUGAUAGGGGGAGAAGCAACAGUGUGGUCUUCAUUAUUAGGAGCAGGAGGAUUACAAGCAAGAGUGUGGCCGAGACUGGCAGCUUUGGGUGAACGAUUAUGGUCAGACAGUGCAGAAAGUGCGACGCAUCUCGUGCAGGUGCGACUAGAUGUACAUAGAUCACGUCUAAAUGACCGUGGUAUUAAAUAUGCUCCAAUAUGGUCUAUGUGGUGCACUCAAAAUUAUUGUUAA